UUCAUAAUACACACAACACAACACAAAUCCUUUAACGAUGAAAAUCUCCGUCGUUCUCGUAGCGGCAGCUUUCCUCUGCCUUUUCGCUUUUCCGACCAUAACCGUCGGAAAAUAUUGGCCGAAUGAAGAAGGAUGGCCAAAACCGUCUAAAGUCUCCAGAAACGAGAUGGUGUAUAUGAACACUCUCCAUAGAUUCAGCUAUGGAGACUCCAAAGUUUGGAAAUGUACUUAUAGCAACGGAUCUGCUCCAGCCAUUUCUAUUUCUCCCUCAACGCCGUUUCCGACAAUACCAUCAACACCGUCAACUCCAUCAACUCCGUCAACACCGACAACUCCAUCAACUCCAUCAACACCGUCAACUCCAUCAACUCCAUCAAAACCGUCUACUCCUCCUCCGGCUCCGAAAAAGUCUCCACCGCCGCCAACACCGUCUCUUCCACCUCCAGCUCCAAAGAAGGCUCCAUCUACGCCUUCAACACCGGCGUCUCUCCCACCACCAGUGCCCAAGAAGUCUCCAUCCCCGCCUUAUACAACACCGUUUUUUCCACAUCCAACGCCCAAAAAAGCUCCAUCUCCGCCACCAAGUGGUGAUCACUCUCCAUCAAAUCCACCACAUCAUAAUCAGUAUCCAUGGGAACACAUCGACAGCUGUAUGAGGAACAUGGGACCUGUUGGGAUGUGUCGGAUGCAGAUGGAAGUGAGUUUCUUCACGAGGUUGUUUCGUGUUAGUAACUAUUGUUGCAACCUUGUUGUCAACAUGAAGAGUGAAUGUGACGACGUCGCUUGGGGAUUCUUCAACGAUCCUUUCUUUGUUCCUCUUGUUCGUUACACUUGUCAUGUUUCAUCCUAG